GUAUAGCUGCUAGUCGGUAUUGUCAGUCAUAAAAUUCAAGUUCCCAAGGAGGUUCGAGCCCGGAGGUCACUCGAUAAGCAACGGAGUGCCCGGAUCCCUUCAAAUUGGCUUUUACAAAUUGUGGAUUCCCGUUCAUAUUCGUAGCUCCCUGGUGUGAUUCGGAUAUUAGGAUUUCUCAUCGGAGUGCGACAUGGCUCAGAGAGUCAGGACGAAGACGGUCCAAGAGGAGAGCUUCCCGGAAAAGACUCUGAAAUACUCAGCAGUGAAAUCCUCCUCACCGCACGACAUGGACGAAAUAGAGGCCCAGAAGAUGGGGGAGCGCGUGGAGUACAUGCUCCGAGAGGGUCUGGAGAAGCUCGAAGAGUUGUGGGCCUCGACCGGCAUCACGACAGCGAAGCUCAGGGAUCUGCUAUUCAUAAACAUCUUGAAGGUCGGCCUGCUUCACGCGUGUGCAUUAUACGGAAUCCUGUACCUCCCGUACAUGAAAUGGCAAACGGCAGCAUGGACUUUCUACUACCUGUGUGUUUCGGGUUUGUCAGUAACAGCCGGAGCUCAUCGACUCUGGUGCCACAGGUCAUACAAAGCGAAGUUGCCGCUGAGGAUCUUCCUCAUGCUGGCUAAUUGCUGUGUUGCUCAAAAUGAUCUCUAUGAUUGGGUGCGGGAUCACCGUGUACAUCACAAGUUCUCGGAUACCGACGCGGAUCCUCACAACAUAACUCGCGGCCUUUUCUUCUCGCACGUCGGGUGGCUUUUCAUCAAAAAGCAUCCAGAGGUGACCGCAAAAGGCUCCAAGAUCGAUUGCGAUGAUGUCCGCAACGACCCGGUCGUAGCUUUCCAAAUCAGGUAUUACAUUCUUCUCACCUUGGCAUUCGCUUUCGUGAUCCCAACCGUGGUUCCCGUCUACUUCUGGGGCGAGUCCCUUGCUACUGCUUUCUUCGUGUCCACCAUGCUGCGACUCGUCGUGCAACUGAACGUCACGUGGUCCGUAAACUCAUUCGCUCACUACUUCGGAGACAAGCCCUUCGAUGAUUCGAUCUGGCCGACGGAGACCAAAUUCGUGGCCUUCGCAGCCGCCGGAGAGGGAUGGCAUAACUAUCAUCAUACGUUCCCCCACGACUACGCGUGCUCCGAGCUCGGAUGGUAUUUGAACGCCACCAAGAUGUUCAUCGACACGAUGUGGUUAUUCGGUCAAGCCUAUGACUGCAAACAGGUCACGCAAGAAACCAUGGACUCCGUCAAGCAUCGCAGUGGAGACGGCACUCGCAGGAACGAGAGCCCUCCCUUCGCGUACUAAAACAGGACGGAGCUGAACCUCAGGACGCUACAGGGUCUCACGCUCAAAAACUUCACGUAAUAUCCACGUCUAAUCUUCCAUGUGGUGUCUGGGCACCUAACGCUGUGUGUGGCUGACGGGGGGAAUUUCGUGACCGAAUCUUCGUGAAAUUUGAUUUCUGUGGCACUCUCUGUGGUUCUCGUCCGCUUAGUCAAUUCUUAGUCCGUCGUAUUGUUUUGUAACUCUCCGUUGUGCUGGCAUGUCGUCGAAGUGAAUUAUUUAAAGACUUCUAUCACUCUUCCGGUUGUUUCAGAAGAGCGUUGUUCAAUUUAUAGAAAUGAACUCGUCGUACUCGAGUCAGAUUUACAGCUUUCUAGGGAAAUCCGAGUCGCAGGGGAGCGACUCGUUCCUCGAUUUUCCGAGUGGCGCCGAUCACGAGUCGAUCCGUUCAAUGAGUCACAGCAAGUCGGACGAUUAUUCUCUAGCCGCCGAUUUAAGACUGAUUCUCGAGGCGCACAACGAACGAUGUACGAGAAAGAGGUCUCGUCGAGAAUAUCGCCGACCAGCCCUUUUUUCGACCCUGUCGAUCCCUGGGAAAUCUAAGAUGAGCUCGCGAUAUCCACACAUGUGCGAGGGCGGUUGCCCGCCCUUCUCGACGAUUAGAAUUCGAUCAGUUCUGGAAAGAGAAGGGGGGACGAAUCGCAAUUCGCGUUCCGAGGCAUUACAUGACUGCGCUCACUCAUGUCAACAUCGAGCGGGAGGGAAUCUUCGGAAUGCCUCUGCUCGUCGAGGAUCGAGUUACGCUGGACCGCAAAUCCCGUUUCCCGAUCGCGGAGGGUCACCCGGGGCUUCUCGUGACGCCCACACCUACGGAGGAGCUCAAACGCAGUUGGAUGCGCAGGAGGGUGACGCUGGAGAAUCAACGCUUAU